AUGCUCUACCAAAACGAAAACGCUCCAGUACAGCAAUUCUUCAGUCUUGCCAAGAAAGUAUCGUUGGUGACUGGAGGGUCUCGAGGCAUUGGCUUGGCUGCGGCUACUGGUCUUGCAGAAGCUGGAUCUGACAUUGCCAUAACCUACAAUACUUCUUCUCAGGAAACAAUUGAUCAACUCAAAGCCGAAUUUGAGGGUCUAGGAGUCAACUUCAAGGCUUAUAAGUGUAAUGUUUGCGACAAGAAUGCCAUUCAAAAGUGUGUGGAGGAAGUAUUGAAGGACUUUGGCCGGCUAGAUGUAGUAGUACCAAAUGCUGGAAUUGCAUGUCAUGUACCAGCCGAGGACUUUACCGAAGAAGAAUAUAGAAAUAUCAUGGCGGUGAAUUUGGACGGAGCAUUUUUUACGGCGCAAGCUGCUGCGCAGGCAUUCAAGAAACAAAAAGCUAGUGGAAUUUUGCAGCAAGGUCGCAUCGUAUUCACGGCUUCUGUGUCUUCAUUAAUUGUCAACCACCCACAAAAGCAGGCUCCUUACAACGCUUCCAAGGCGGGACUAGUGCGUUUGGCCAAGUGUCUUGCUGUUGAAUGGGUCGAUUUCGCUAGAGUAAAUUGUGUUUCUCCAGGGUACAUCGACACCGAUAUGUUGGAUGUUCAUCCCAAAGAAUGGAGAGAUACCUGGUUUGCACAAAUUCCAGCCCAGCGUCUCUGCCAGACAUACGAGCUCAAGGGAGUAUAUGUCUUUUUGGCUAGCAAUGCCUCGUCGUAUAUUACUGGCGAAGAACUUGUGGUUGGAGGUGGAUAUACAUUGCGUUAA